AAGCCUCCCUCGCUUCGCAUUAACCCACCCAUCGCCUGCUCUUCUUUGAAACCCAUUAUUCCCAAGAGCUAAGCAAGGCAAACGAAACGGAAAGGACAAGAGAGAGAAAGGGGGAGGCAAAAAAAAAAGAAAACGCGGAGAGAGAGAGACAGAGGUCUAGGAAUUCUCGGCAUGGCCCCCAGGGAGAAGGCUACCGGCGGCGGUAGAGGCGUCGGGAGCGGCGGAGCUGCGGCGGGAGGAGGGAAGGAGGUGCAUUUUCGGGGAGUGAGGAAGAGGCCGUGGGGGAGGUACGCGGCGGAGAUACGGGACCCCGGGAAGAAGAGCCGGGUCUGGCUGGGGACGUUCGACACCGCGGAGGAGGCCGCCAAGGCGUACGACGCUGCCGCCCGCGAGUUCCGUGGAUCCAAGGCGAAGACCAACUUCCCCUACCCGGAAGGCUACCAGAGUCUAAGUGGCGGCUGCGGCGGCGACGGUAGAGGCGGUGGAGCAGCCAGGAGCCCUAGCAGCCAGAGCAGCACCGUCGAGUCCUCCAGCCGGGAGGCCGCCGUGCCGCCGAUAGCCCACCCCCUCCCUCCCUCCCUGGAUCUCGAGCUCCACCGCAGAGCGCGUUUCCCCUUCCAUCCUUGCCCGACCGCCGUCCCUGCCGCCGGGGUCGCGCAUCCAUUCUUCUUCCUCGAGGCGUUUGUCAGAUCCGACAAGGCGGCGGCGGCGGCGGCGGCAGCGGCGAACCAUCACCGCCUGACGAUGGGCACCCCGAUGUUCCUGACCGAUUUCCAGGCCCAUCUCUCCGGCGGCAUCCAGAGCGACUCGGACUCGUCCGUUGUGGAUAUGCUUCCCCACCACCCCUCUCCCCCGCUGCCAAAGAUGCUGCCUUUCGAUCUGGAUCUCAAUCUCCCCCCUCCUCCGGAGGUCGCCUGAUCACACAUCCACCGGCGGCGGCUCGCGAUCUUUUUCCUUUGCUUUCUUUCUUAUGGCGAAAGUGGAGAUUACUUUUUUUUUCUAUUUUCUGUGUCUGUACUUUUCUUAGAGAGCGAAUCUGAGAGAAACUUAUGUAAAUACUUAACUUUCUUUUUUCCACUGAGAUGAAAAUCUGUCUCUCCCCGAUCUUUUGAUUUCGUGAUCAGAUCCGGAGAUCCGUCAACUCAGUGUUGUAAUUUCUCUCAGUUUAUCUUUUAAUUAAUGGAAUAUAUCUGAAUUUCCUCUUAA